AUGCUUUCAGGUUUUGCAGCACUUGACAAAGUGAACUUCACCACACCACAGGGUGAGAUGUUUUAUUUCCAAGGGGCCGACAUUCCAGCAAAGUACGAUCUUGUCAAUUGGCAGAACACUCCUGAGGGGACACUAAAACUUGUGUUGAUUGGUCAUAUGGAUGGGUUUGAUCUCCUCCUUAAUGAAUCAGCUAUUCAGUGGAGCACAGGAUCCAAUCAGGUGCCUUUAUCAGUGUGCAGUGAGAGCUGUCCCCCAGGCACCCGGAUGGCAACCAGGAAAGGAGAACCUGUCUGCUGCUUUGACUGUAUCCCAUGUGCUGAAGGGGAGAUUAGUAAUACAACUGGUGAUGCCCACUGUAAGCGUUGUCCAUUAGAAUUCUGGUCUAAUGCUAAACGAACUGUCUGCAUCCCUCGUCAGCUGGAUUUCCUUUCCUUUAAUGAAACUUUGGGCAUUACCCUGACUACAGUCGCUGUAUCUGGGGCCAUGGUGACGACAGCUGUGUUUGUAGUUUUUCUUUACCACCGUCAAACACCUAUGGUACGAGCCAACAACUCAGAAACUGAGCUUUCUGCUUCUUGUGUCGCUGAAGCUCUGUGCUUCCUGUGCUCACUGGUGUUCAUUGGUCGUCCAUCAGUCUGGGCUUGUCGGUUCCAGCAGGCAGCUUUUGGGAUCAGCUUUGUACUCUGUGUUUCCUGCCUCCAAGUCAAAACCAUAGUGGUUCUUGCAGCGUUCCGCUCAGCUCGGCCUGGUGCUGAAGCCUUGAUGAAGUGGUUUGGUCCAGGCCAACAGAGAGGAAGUGUCUGCUUCUUCACCUGUAUACAGGUUAUCAUCUGUAUUAUUUGGCUAACAAAGCCCCCAGUGCCUCAACCUGACUUCGAUAUCCCGGGUUUAAAGGUCACCCUGAAGUGUGCCAUGGCCUCUGUGGUGGGUUUCUCUCUUGUUCUGGGUUAUAUUGGCCUGUUGGCCUGCACCUGCCUCCUCUUGGCCUUUCUUGCUCGGAAACUUCCUGACAACUUCAAUGAGGCCAAACUGAUCACUUUCAGCAUGCUGAUCUUCUGUGCUGUCUGGGUGGCCUUUGUCCCUGCUUAUGUUAGUUCUACUGGAAAAUAUACAGUUGCUGUGGAGAUUUUUGCAAUUCUCGCUUCUAGCUAUGGUUUACUGUUCUGUAUCUUUGCUCCGAAGUGUUUCAUCAUCCUUUUGAGGCCUGAGAGAAACACCAAGAAACACCUGAUGAGGCAGGUAGCAAAGAAAAAUAACAGUGCAUAA